CUCUCCAUUAUAUUCUUUUACAGUGAGGAUGUAGCCCUCUCAUCUCAUUUCUACCUUACCUUUGUCAUGCAUGAAGCGGCCACCACUUCCCUCCUUCUCCCUUCCUGCAUAUGCCAUCACCCUAAAAGCUUAAAGGCUAAGAAUCUCUCUCUACCAACCAGACACAACCAUGACAAUUAUAAUAUAUAAGCCACUCAGGAGAGAAAUAAGACCCUUCCUUUUCCUUUCUCUCUCCUUUUCUCUAUCUCUCUUCCCUUCCCUUCCUCCUUUGUGCUCUCUGCAACUCCCUCCACCACUUCUUAAGCCCAUCAACCUUUUGACAAAAGAGAAAUAGAUCGCCAAGGAAGAAGGUGUGGUGGAGGAACGGAGUGCAACCAUGGUUUUCCCAUCAGUUCCUGUGUUUCUUGAUCCACCUAAUUGGAACCAGCAACAGGCUCACCAGCAGGGAAACAGCGGCCGCGGUGGCGGUGAGGCUUCCCAGCUUCCACCAGGAUUGGCAGCGCCGCGCCCUGACGGUGGUAUGGCUGGCCUGAUGAGGCCUGGGUCGAUGGCGGACCGAGCACGGCUGGCAAAGAUACCGCAGCCGGAGCCCGGGCUCAAGUGCCCGCGUUGCGACUCCACAAACACCAAGUUCUGCUACUUCAACAACUACUCCUUGUCGCAACCGCGCCAUUUCUGCAAGACAUGCCGGCGUUACUGGACGCGAGGGGGGGCCCUCCGAAACGUCCCCGUCGGCGGCGGUUGCCGGCGCAACAAGAGGACCAAGUCCACCGCCGGUGGUAGCUCCUCGAAGUCCUCGAAUACCACCACCCAGACCGGUGCCUCCUCCUCGUCUUCCACGGCCACGUCGUCGGGCGUAGGUGGUGCAAUCGCAUCCACCACGCUGCUCGCUUCGCAGCUGCCGUUCAUGGCCUCGUUGCACCCGCUUCCCGACUUCGCAGCGACCAACUUUGGUGUGAGCUUCUCAGGCAUCCAACCCGUGGAAACGUUGGACUACCAGCUGGGUGGCAGCGGCAGCAGCGCCCCAGGCGGCGGCGUCGGGAUGGAGAACCUGAGGCUUCAGCAAAUGCAGCAGUUUUCUCUGAUAGGCGGACUGGACCUCCCACAGCCGCCGGCACCUGCGCCAACACCGGCUUCCGGGCUAUUCUCUUUCGUCGGUGAUGGUGGUGGGUUCAUCGGUGGUUCAUCGACAGGGCAAGCUCAAACAAAACCGACCAAUUCCGGACUCAUCACCCAACUGGCUUCGGUGAAGAUGGAUGACAGCCAACAGCUGCUUGGUUUUCCGAGACCGUAUCUUGGUGUUUCUCGCAACGACCAAUUCUGGAGCGGCGGAGGCAGCAGCAGUAGCACCGGAGGAUGGAUGACAGAUCUCUCCGGAUUCAACUCUUCAUCUAGCAACAUAUUCUAAUGCGAUGUCCUCUGCACUGAUGGUUCUAUAACGUGGAAGCUUAGUUUUUUUGCAAUGGCUUCAAGAAGACCUACUGGAGGAGGAAGAAGAUGAAGCAGUAGAGUACUAAAAACCGGUUUAACUUGUGAUAUGGUGGAUGGCAUGCAUCUGUUAGCAAAACCUCUGUAAAAGAAGCUCUAGCAAUGGUAGGUAGGUUUCUUGUUUCAGAUUAUUUGGAUUGGUGUUGUUCCUCAUGUUCUCUAAUUAAUGUGCUGUUGUAUCUUACACUCCGCUUAUAGAAUCUUAAUGCAUGAAGUGUUGAAGCUUUUCGAUC